GUUGAAAGAUUACGGUAGAUAACAGAUAUGAAAACUGCCUUGGUAAUUGGUGCCUCGCGAGGCAUUGGGAGGGAAAUCAGUCUUACUCUUUCUAGAAAUGGCUUUAAUGUUUGUGUGGCUGCAAAAACAACAGAUGAAUCAAAACAACUUCCAGGGACGAUAUAUUCUGUUAGCAAAGAAAUACAAGAUUUGGGUGGAAGUGCUCUACCAGUGAAAUGUAAUGUACGAGAUAUGACUGAGGUGAAAAAUACAGUUAAAACUUGUAUGGAUAAAUUUGGGGGAAUUGAUGUGGCUGUUUACAAUGCUGGGUCAAUCUUUUGGGAGAAAGUUUGCAGAACACCUUUAAAAAGAUUUGAUCUCAUGUUAGACGUGAAUUUACGUGGCUCUUAUUCUAUGGUAGAGGAAUUACUCCCGGUUUAUCAAGAACAGAAAUCAGGGAAGUUUAUAAUGGUUUCACCCCCCAUAUAUUCCAGAUUUUUUGAAGGCAAGACACCAUAUUCAAUUAGUAAGAUUGGUGUUAGUAUUUUAACUCAAGGACUAGCUAAAGAAUUAAAAGAUACAGGUAUAAGCAUAACAUCUCUCUGGCCAGCCACUGGAAUCAAGUCGCAUGUUACUGAUGUUAAUCACAUUGAACAAAAAUUAUUGAGAAAAGCUACAAUAGUUGCUGAUGCUUGUCUUCGAAUAGCACAAGAACGGUCUGGCAAGUUGAAUGGAAAGUGCCUUAUAGACGAAGAUUUUUUAAGAUCAGAAGGCGUCACCGAUUUCACACAAUACAGAUGUGACCCCCGUUUCGAACCUCCAAGGAUGAUGCCUGCUGAAUUUCCCUCACUCAAAGUUAAAGAAGAAGGGGAUUCAUUUAAAGUCUUUUCAAAAUUAUAAUCAGUAGAAAGAUAGAGCAGUCUCGUCUGAUUGAGUAUCAUUUUUGAUAAGGAAAGCUUGUACGUGUGUUUACAGCGUCAAAGAGAGAUGAAACGAUGAUACAUGAACAUAUCUUGUCAAUAUCCACCAGAAAUUGUUAUUGAAAUUAAGAAAGGAUACAGUCUUUCAGUGUUCUAGAACUAAUGAUGAUUAAUUAAAAUCAGAUCUAUUUCUUACUCUACACGUUCAGUUUAUUUAUUAAACACAAUCUUAAGUCAAUAUCUAUCACACAAUGUCACGAUAUGGCUUAACCCUCAAAUCAUAUUUUGCCACUUUGCAAUCACUUACAAAUGCCUUGUGCUCGUUACGGCGUUAAAACAUCACGUACAGGGCUGAAGAUGUGCAAAUCCGUAGCGAAUAGUAAUACUUCUAGCACGCCAAUUGAUCCGACGAGUCGGGCGCGUGUUUCCAAGGAGCAUGCCUUGUUUGAAUCGAGUGAUUAUCAGAAAGGCUGUUAGUAAUCCAUACUGGAUGAAACACAAGCAAACAUCUUUAUUUAAAGACAGUGUUCCGUGCCAAGAACUGUGUUUGUGCUAAUGCAGCAAGAUUGGGGGGGUAUCUUGUUAUAGUGUGACCCCUAUAUUUGUCUACAAUUAACGUGACUGAUUUUUGCCGUAGCAACGUGCAAUUCUGUCCAAUUUGAACAUGUUUGAUUGUAACAGUAAUCCUCCCUUCUUAUAAUUAAUACGCUAGGUGGAAGAGAUUAAACUAUUCUUGG